CGUCAAGCCUUUAUCAUCGUUGCGGAACACGUGGGAAAAACAACAUGGCUGAUCAGGCAGACGAAUAUGUCUCGGUCCACAAGAGAAACAUCUCGCAGAUCAAGAACAAGAAGCGGAGGUUGGAGGAAUACCUUAAGCUCAAACGAGAAAAGCAGAAGCUCAAACGACUCGCCCAGCAGAAACGCCGCAAAGAAGCGAAGGCCCUCGGUGACGAUGCUCCCCCAAAACAAGUUCCACGUACCAUUGAGAAUACCAGGGAACCAGAUGAUACCAUGGUGGAUCCCGAAGAUGAAGAGGUCCAACUCGACGAGGCCAUGGAUGAGAUGGCAGCUUACUUCCGCAAGGAAUACACACCAAAACUCCUCAUCACUACCAGUGACAACCCACACAGGCGUACCAUCAAGUUCUGCAGGGAGCUGAAACAGAGCAUCCCCGACGCGGAGUUUCGCUGGCGGAACAGGUCGCGCAUCAAGAAGACGGUAGAACAGGCCGUCGAACGUGGCUACUCAGACAUCGCCAUCAUCAACGAAGACCGCAGGCACCCCAAUGGACUUUUGCUGACACAUCUCCCGGAUGGCCCCACCGCCUACUUCAGGCUGAGCAGCGUGAAGUUCUGCAAGGACAUUAAGAAAAGGGCGUCGUACACGGCCCACCGGCCCGAGGUGAUCCUGAACAACUUCAACACGCGGCUGGGCCACUCGGUGGCCCGGAUGCUGGCCUCCCUGUUCCACUACGACCCCCAGUUCCAGGGCAGGAGGGUGGUCACCUUCCACAACCAGCGGGACUACAUCUUCUUCCGGCACCACAGGUACGAGUUCCGCAACGCGGAGCGAGUCAACAUUCAAGAGAUCGGGCCGAGGUUCACGCUCAGGCUUAAGAGCCUGCAGAAAGGGACCUUCGACUCCAAGUUUGGCGAGUAUGAGUGGGUGCUUAAGAGGCACGAAAUGGAAACAAGCCGGAGAAGGUUCUUCCUGUGAGACGCGUCGUUGCCGGGCAAGAAAUCGACAAUAAAGAUUUUUUUUUUUUUUUUUUCAUAUUGGAGUUUGGCAA